AUGGAGCCUGUGUCACCACUGCGACCAGGAGGGACACCAAAUCUUGCUGGUUUGGGCUCCCUGCACGUGCCUAGUUCAGACUACAGCAGCUUGUCACCAUGCGCUUUGAAGACAACUCAGAGCCCGGAUGCUACGAUCUCUUCUCCGACCUUGAAAGCACCGGGAGGAUACAGCUACGCUGGCUUCGCCGCCCGGGAGAACAGCUUCUCAACGCUGGGCUAUAGCCAAGCAUAUUCCACCUCUCAGACCACGAACGGCUUCAGUGGUCUCCAGGAGCUUUCUACCGAGGUGCAACGAAAGGCAGUCGAGUGGGAAAGGCAGAUCGAGUCCUUGGAUGCCAAGGAGCUGGAAAUCCACCAGACACAACUGCGUUUGAUCCGGGAGCAGACUGCGGCGUUCCGAUCUGACUUCACAGCUUUGCGCAAGGAGCUUGCUGACACCAAGGCCAUUGUUCAGAGGCAGCAGGCGAGUGCCAACGAGCAGGGCGCCAGGCUGGAUGAUAUCCUUGCAAGGGAGCGUCAGGACAGGGACGCGAGCCAUACUUCGCUUGGCAGUCGCGUGGAAACCAUGGAAAGAAGCCUGCCCAAGCUGAAAGACGAGAUUGCGUCCCUGAAACUGCUGCUCCGCGGUCAAGAUGUUGUAAUGAUCCUCCAGGCGCAUGAGGAGGAGAUGAAGUCCAUCAAAGACUCGCAUGCUGAUCUGAAAAACAGGCAUAGUGCCAAAGAGCAGCACCAUGCAACAAUUCAGCAGAGGGUGGACUACCUUGAAAAAAUGAUGGGGGACUCGGCAGACAAGCAUGCCGCGCAUGUCAAGCAGCUGGAGGAGCUUCGUCGCUCACAUGACGACACGCAUAGUCGGCACGAAGCCCUUCGGCGGGAGAAGGAAUCCCUGCAUAGCCGUCAUGCCACAUUUGAGGAGCGUCUGGCAAACCUCGAGAGGUUUUUGUCGGAAUCUCUGGACAAGCACUCUCGGGAGCUCUCAGAUCAUCGAACAGCUCAUGGGCGGACGAGCGGCGAGACGCAAGCGCUGAGAGAGAAGCAUGCUUCAGUUGAAGAGCGGCUCAAGUUUCUUGAGCAGUCAAUUGGAGACUCUGUGGAGCGACAUGCCUCAGAGCUGAAACAAGCCAAGUUGCAACUCGAGACCUUGCACGGCAAACUCUCAGAUGAGCAGGGCCACCGAGAAAGCCGGGACCAGCAUCAUGCAACGCUGGAAGAGCGGAUGCGCUUUGUGGAGCAAUCGCUUGGGGAUUCAGCUGAGAAGCACUCCCGAGAGCUCAGGGCGCAUAAAGACAGCCGAGAACAGCAGCAUGCUUCACUCAAGGAGAAGGUGAGUUACAUGGAGAAACUCAUUGGUGAUUCCGCAGAUGAGCAUGCCAGAAAGCUGGAAGCUCACAAGAGAGAUCUGGAAGAUCACAAGAGGAGUCUUUCGAAUCACCAACAGGCGUUUGAUGAGCACAGGAAACAGGCUCAAAACCAACAGGCAGCUGUUGAGCGACACGCCUCUUUUGAGCAGCGCCUCGACUUCUUGGAGCGCGCUCUAGGAGAUUCGGCCCAGCAUCAUACUGGCCAGCUGCGGGCAGCUAAGGCUGAGCUGGAGCAGAGGCACGAGGCACACCAGGCAGCCACCGGCUCACUGGCAGACCGAAUUGACUACCUGGAGAAGUGGUUUGGCGGUCUGCCUGGUUUUCAACCUCCUUUGCCAGGGGUGGUGAGGCCUUGUGAGAGGCUCCUUGACAUGAGCUGA